CUUUCCACUUCAUUCUUCAGCAGCUUUCACUCUCUAAAACCUUCUCUCUGAUUCAGAAGCGCUCAAGUCCAUUAAUUAAGAGAUUAAGACUAAAUCAUCUUAUUAUCAAAUGUCAGGUUUUGAUUAUAACGACUUAACAAACUCAGCUGAUUCCGUUACUAACGGCGUUAACCCGCCCGUUUUCUACCGGAACCCGAGUUUCAGCAACGUCAUCUUAAACGACAGCUGGAGCGAUCUGCCGUUGAGCGUCGACGACUCGCAAGACAUGGCUAUCUACAACACUCUCCGCGACGCCUUCAGCUCCGGCUGGACCCCCGCCGUCCCUCCCCCGGUGGUUGCGGAGGAAGUGAAACCAACGACGGCGACGGCGACUGCGGCGGCGAGCGGAUCGCGACCGGCGGCGAGGCAGAAGGGAAUGCAGUACAGGGGAGUGAGGAGGAGGCCGUGGGGGAAGUUCGCGGCGGAGAUCAGGGAUCCAAAGAAGAACGGAGCUAGAGUCUGGCUCGGGACCUACGAGACGCCGGAGGACGCGGCGGUGGCGUACGACCGAGCGGCGUUUCAGCUCAAGGGAUCGAAAGCUAAGCUGAACUUUCCGCAUUUGAUUGGGACUUGCGAGUACGAGCCGGUUAGGAUCAGGCCUCGCCGUCGCUCGCCGGAGCCGUCUGUCUCGGAUUACUCGUCGCCGGAGCAGAAGAGUGUGGGACACGUGGAGGAAGGGGAGUCUAGCUUCGUUGUACCUGAGUUGGGCUUCACGGUGGAUCAGUUGUACUCGGAUGGUGGUUAUUUAAUGGACCAGUCGGGAUAUUCGUAUUUCUGAUAAUUGUUUAAUGAUUUUAAUUAAAUAAAAGAUUAUCACUGAGUAAAAAUUCAUUUGUGUGUAAGAGUCUAAUUUAUUGGUCGAUUAUACGAUCAAGAGAGGUUUUGAUCAUAUGUAUUAUAUGCAAUGUGAUGGAAAAUCAAUA